GUCCAAUGAAAACAAUAGGUCUGAGGAGGUCAAGGCAAAGAGGAGGAUGAGUGGCCGUGACCAUCAUGGUCUCCUCCAGGGCUUGAUCAUGGUUCUAUUCCAGUGGCUGCUGACAAUCUUAUGAGCAGAACAGAAUUUAGCCAUAGUCCUAGGUGAGUAGAGGAGACUUUCAGAAUUAUGGCAACAGAAGAGAAGAAAGCAGGGACAGUCAAUACAACACUAACUGCCAAUGAGAAGAAACUGUCUGAUUUUGAAAAACCCAACUAUCAGCUACAAUUCACUCUAGAAGGGCACACUAAAGCAAUAUCUGCUGUCAAAUUUAGUCCCAAUGGAGAAUGGCUAGCAAGUUCUUCUGCUGACAGACAAAUUAAAAUUUGGGGAGCAUACGAUGGGAAAUAUCUGAAAAAACUAAUUGGUCACAAACUGGGAAUAUCAGACAUUGCUUGGUCAUCAGACUCCCAACUUAUUGUUUCUGCCUCAGAUGAUAAAACUCUUAAAAUAUGGCAUUGUUUUACAGGGAAAUGCAGAAAAACCUUGAAAGGACACAAUAAUUACGUCUUUUGCUGCAACUUUAGCCCCCAGUCCAAUUUCGUCUAUUCAGGCUCUUUUGAUCAAAGCGUGAGGAUAUGGGAUGUGAAAACUGGAAGAUGCCUCAAGUGUUUUACUGCUCAUGCAGACCCAGUUACAGCUGUUCAUUCCAAUUGGAAGGGAUCUUUGUUGGUGUCAAGUAGUUAUGAUGGUUUCUGCCGGAUCUGGGAUAUAGAAGCAUGUGAAUAUGUUAGAACAAUUAGUUGUGACAAGAAUCCUCCAGUUUCUUUUGUGAAAUUCACUCCAAAUGGAGAGUACAUUCUUAUUGCAACUCUGGACAAUACACUUAAAUUGUGGGACUUUGGGAAGGGGAAGUGCCUGAAGACAUAUACUGGCCAUAAGAAUGAAAAAUACUGUAUUUUUGCUAAUUUUUCUGAAACUAAUCCACAACAAAUUGUGUCAGGGUCAGAAGACAAUAUAGUUUACAUUUGGAAUAUUGAUACAGAAGAGAUUGUGCAGAAGUUGUAUGGUCACACAGAUACAGUGAUCUCCACAGCUUGUCACCCAAAAGAAAGCAUCAUUGCAUCAGCAGCCUUAGAAAAAGAUAAGACAAUAAAAUUGUGGAAGAAUUCUGAAUAAUCUUCCUCAUAUCAUCAGACUCUCUCAAGAACUACAUCCUGAGAAAUAGUAAAGAGGAAUAUUUGAGAGCUCUUGACCUACAGAAUAAUCUCCUUCCCCACCCUCCCUCCUGUCCCUGUUAUUUCCCCUCUUGAUAUAGAUAACCAGUGAGAGAAGACGGCAUCUUUAUGAUUUGACAAUUGGAUCCCUCUUUAGUUUUCUGCCUAGUCAAUGGGAAAUUUUGAUUUUCUCAUUAGAAGACCUCAAAAGACUUUGGUGAUAUUUCUUUCCAACUUUCCUGAUACAAUCAGAAGACAAUUUUACAUUUUUGUCAUCUAUAAAUUGGUUCCUUCCUUUAAACAGUCAUAAAUCAAGUUAAUUAGAAGAAUGAAUUUAUGCUUUUAACUGUGGAAGGAUAAAUUUUAUUUCAGUA